AUGUUCAAUUUCACUGGUCAGUCAAGAAGGAGGAAUGUUAACUUAGGGAAUAAAUCUGCUACUACCAAGCAAGAUCUUUUAUUGAAGGCUCAACAAGAGAGGCAAAGAAGAGCUAAAGAUCGCCAGAACGAAGCAGCAUGUAAAGUAAUUCAGUGUUACAUUAGAAGACAUCUUUUGAUUAAAGAUGUUAUUAGGAAUUUCACAGUGACUAUGAAUCAUGAGCAAGUCUUCCACUUGAUUUUGGUGUUUGGCGGGCGAUUGGUCGACCACUUGGAACAUCAAUCACUAGCAGAGAUACUAUAUGAUUCUAAGGAUGUAUUGAGAAAUUAUCCUGGAUAUUUGGGUAACAAGAAAUUGUGCAGUAUGAUUUCAAGAUAUAUGGAUGACUUUCUGAUUGAAAGAACGAUUGAAUGCCUGAACUUUUCCUUUCCAGUGGAACAGGAUUAUGUUAACAGUUUAAUCAGCUUUAUAAGAAACACUCAGACGUUGAGCUACAAUUCAACAAGCCACAUAUGCGAAGUGCUACUAAAGUGGGGACUGAAUCAGUCUAUUUACCUUGAUCCCUUGUUCGAGAUAAGGUCUGAGGAGGCAAAAGAGCCAUCUACGCUCUAUGGAUUUUAUCAAGCAAUCAAUUCAUAUGGUAUACUGCCCUCCACGGGUUCGCAUUCUUCGGUGAUUUUGGAGAAUCUAGCCUACAUUUAUUCCCAUACCACUCAAAAACAACCUGUAGAGAUCUGUCUAGCAGCAUGCUUCAAAAAUAUGGUCUAUUUGCCUCAAAAUUCAGAGAUGCAAUAUUACGUUACACAGCUGUACGAAAAAAGGUUCGUUGAUAGGCUGGCGAACCUCCUAGAGCAGGGCAAUGUUCCAGACGUUACGAUCGAAAGUCUCAUCUCCUUCAUCAAUUGUGCUCCCACUGACACCUUGAGAGACUCUGUUAUGAUAACUCUGCUAUCAAGACCAUCAUUCUUGAAGAAACUUUACUCAGAUGUUAGUCAAACUGCGUUUGAUAAGAAUGAUUUCCAAUCAUCAGCAUCAUUCUCGAUAUUUGUCAGGCUACUCGAAAUGUAUUUGCUGGUAUCAACCGACCACGAGUUACUGUCUGAAUCUUCUGGCUUCACUGUCAAUGACCUUGUGGCUUUCAGUACACGGUUGAAGGAUUUUGUAUUCAACAACUUAUGGAACUUAACAGCCGAAUCGAGGCCCAAAAUUCUAGAUGAUACGUUGCCUCUCCUGCGGAAGAUUUAUUUAAGGGAUUCACGUUUACACUUUUGUCGUCAAAGGAAAGAAGUUGAUUACUGGAGCAGCGACAAUUCAGAUUUUUUACAAGUAAGCCCUUUCAAAUACAUUGAAGACUAUGAAGGGCUUUAUAGAGAAUAUGCUGAUAGGAGGGAUGAUACUUACAAUGAUCAUGAGGACCAAGAUGCUACGUAUGAGGCUAGCUCGAUCAAAUUUCGGAUCUUGACACGGCUUAUGUCGACCUACAAAUCGUCAGUUUCAACAAGGCAAUUCAAAAAGUUGGAGAUCCUCAUAAAGGCACCCUUUUUUAUUCCAUUUGAGCAACGAGUUGACCUUUUCUAUAUGUUCAUUGCACUGGAUAAACAACGUCUGCAUCUGGAUGAUAACAGCGCAAUGAUGAGCAUGCUCAUGCCCUGGGGCGCAAACAACGGUAUAGGCAGACAAUCUGCCACUAUAUCCCGAGAGAAUAUGCUAGAGGACGCGUGUAAUGCGUUUAACAGCAUAGGAGAAAGGUUUAAAGCCAAGCUGGCAGUUACUUUCGUGAACGAAUUUGGUCCUGAGGCAGGCAUCGACGGUGGUGGGAUUACAAAAGAGUUCUUGACCAGUGUGGCAGAGGAGGGCUUUAGCAACACACGUCAUGAACUUUUCCAGACAAACGAUCAACAUGAACUAUAUCCAACUACCGCAGUCAACUCCCAAAAACUUAGGUAUUUAUGGUUUUUGGGUAAGAUACUGGGUAAGUGUCUAUACGAUCAUGUCCUGAUCGAUGUAACGUUUGCAGAUUUCUUCCUUAAGAAGAUGUUGAACCCAUCUUCAAGGUUUACGUCAUCAUUUGAUGAUUUGCACAGUUUAGACGCAAUUCUUUACUCAAACUUAGUCAAACUACUUUCGAUGACCGCUGAACAAUUGGAAGAGCUUGAUCUUUCAUUCGAAAUUAAUAGUCCAAAUGGAACGGGUUCAGUAGUAGAAUUAAUCCCCAACGGAUCCAAGGUUAAGGUAAGAAAGGACAACGUUUUACUAUACAUCAUCAAAGUUGCCGAUUUCAAACUGAAUAAAACCCUUUACCGACAAACUCAGAAUUUCCACGGCGGUAUGAGCAUGAUUAUCGCACCCCAUUGGAUGGAAAUGUUUAACUCAGUCGAAUUACAAAUGUUAAUAUCCGGUGGUGGGAAAGAUAUAGACCUCGUUGACCUUAAAAAUAACACCGAAUAUGGGGGAUUCCUAGAGAAUGACAAGACCAUCAAUGAUUUCUGGACCAUUCUCCAAGAAUUUAAGCCAGAAGAGAGAUUGAAUUUUAUAAAGUUUGUUACUUCAGUGCCUAGGGCCCCUUUACAGGGAUUCCAAUCCCUAGAACCCAAAUUUGGAAUCCGUAACGCAGGCAGAGACCUAGAGAGGCUGCCGACAGCUUCAACCUGUGUGAAUUUACUCAAAUUGCCUGACUAUCAAGAUAAGGAAUUACUUCGAGACAAACUGCUCUACUCCAUCAAUUCGGGAGCUCGCUUCGACCUCUCCUAA